CGAGGGGAGGGGGGAGGAGUAGGAGGCAGUCAGUCUGUUUCUCUCACUGGAGGAACCAGCAGCAGGACAAUGGACUGCCUCCGUUACGGAUUCUAACGGGCACCGGGCUCUUUGUGACAAGCUGGAACACAAGAGAGGAGCGGCUGCAGGAAGGAAGGAAGCGACGCAACGCAGCGCGGCUCGGCUCGGCUCGGCGCAGCAGACGGACACCCAGCAGCGGGGCCUGCGCGGCGGCCGCCUCCGGGUCCUAAACCGGCCGGCGACGCGCUGCAAACGCGGACGCGGCUGGUCGUUAGUGUCGCUGUGGGCGCGAUGAACCGCAGCGGGUGAAGUGAAGCGGAGCCCCCAAAACAAACAACGUCAACGCCGCUAAGAAAAAGAAACCCUUCCGAUUUUAAAACCCCAGCUCACCUGCAAAAAAACACGCACAUCAUGCCGAGAAAAGAGCCUUUCUCAGAUUCUUCGAAGUCUUUUCUCGAAUUCGGCCUCUGUGUGUUUCACACAACCCCUUUGCAGUAUGUUGUAAAGCCCCGCGUGAAAGUGCAUCGUGCCGCUCGAGCGCAUUGUGAACAUCAGGGCGAACCACAAAAUAACAUUUGACCUUUUUGCUGUAUUAAGCGUUGGUCUAUGUGGACGUACGUGGCCGCCGAUCGAACCAGUGGCUCGUAUUGAGUCUCUGUAACUGUUACAUUUUAUUCCACCACGAACGUAUUCUGGACAGACAUUCUUCGUCACUUGAAGUGUCCUGUUUUCGGGAGGGAGUUCGUAGUGAGCAGCGUGUGUCCGGUUUGCCAACAAAGCCAGUUUCCAGCCAGCAGGAGCGCGCACUGAUCGUGCGCUAGAAUGGAGCGCUGCGCUUGGGCCAGGCCUGUCAGGCUCCGUUACAGAUGCAGCGAUUGUGAUGUGAAUAGAUGGAGCCAUUGUGGCUCCCAUAAUGUGCCUUCUGUUAAACACUGUGACGCACAUACACACGCAGAGGCGCAAGUAUGGAGGGCUUAAGGGCUUACUGCUCAUGUCUGAACUGGCAGUGUGUCACUAUGUCAGUGCAGAAGCAUGUGCAGGCCACAUCCACACACUAACAUCAUGCAUAUAACACUAUGACGAGACCCUUAGCCAGGAUACAUCUCCACGAAUCCUCCGGAUCUCUGUGGACCUUCUGUCAAUAGAUUAAGGGUCAGUUUUCCUUUGCCUCCAUGUGCUGAGGCUGAGUGGUGCAGAGAUGCUGUUGUUUCACCUUGUUUUAACCUGACGGAGACGCCGUGUUGACAACAGUUGCAGGAGGAGGAAGCUGCAGCAGCAGCAAAAGCAGAGUGUGGUUCUCUAGUUACGGAAUAAAAGCGUCUCUACAGACAGAAGUGCUUCUAGAGAAGUGCAGUGACAGCACGUAAGAGGAACAGAGGCAGACCAGUGGAGCGAAGCCUGUCACACCGCGCUGUUUCAUGGCUGACUUUUAUUUUGAUAAACCAUUAUGCCGUCGGUCAAAUAACAGUGUCAGGAUCCGUGGAAAUGGGAUGAACAGAGCUUGUUGCCUAGACCCCCCAAACGGCAAAGGAUCAGGGGUCGAAGGUGCCACGUGAAGUAUGUGAUGGAAGAAUGCUUUGAAUCUGGACGAUGCCCUGAGCUGUGCUUCUUAACAGGAAGGACGCAGCAGACACUAAGAUGUCGUGGAGGAGUCUGGAGUCACAUUUGUUUACGUGUUGUGCAUUUCAGGCUUGCGCUGUGACAUGUUGUGUUUGUCACUUAGGCGCGGAGCCACCGGCAGGAUCCUAAGAAUAACAGGAAAAGACGCCAGGCGUUGUGUUGCGUUGUGUUGUGUUGUGACUGACUGUCUGGAGGCAUGUGUGCUUUACAUUAGAACUGCUCACAUAGGUUCACAUGAUCAGUUUGUGAGAAGUCACUAUUUGGCAAGGCAGCGUCACAAGACAACACACAGUGUUGCUGUGUGUGUGUGUGUGUGUGUGUGUGUGUGUGUGUGUGUGUGUGUGUGUGUGUGUGUGUGUGUGUGUGUGUGUGUGUGUGUGUCUUUCAGUUCCACCAUACGCAGCAGAGCCAUCUGGAGCGAGCAUGAGUCCAGAACAUUGGCUGCCUACAUUCCCCAUCAUGCCCUGCAGCGGUUCCUAUAGCAGUGUUUGGUUCCAGUAAUUGAAAUAACAUUUUACCUCCUUGAAGAGAGUUUAUUUGUGAAGUGAAUGUCAAACAGCUCCAGGAUGUUGCCGUCGUCCUCUCUGCCAACCUGCAGCUCACCAGGGGGUAUCUGAUCUACCAAACAUGAUGAAGACAGAGCCCCCGUCUGCCCCAGGGGGCAACGGGGCCCCGGACGGGAGCGGCACAGCCAGUGGAAGCUCAAGCCUGCGGAGCCCGUCCCCCCACCGCAAUGCCUACGAGGCGGGGCUGGCGGCGCUGAAGAAGGCCACCGACCACCUCAACAACACCGCCCACGGUGCCCGCGAGCCUGCCUCCAAGCCCGCGCCGCUGCCCCGCCCCACCGGGAGGGGCCAGAAGUACGGCUCCAACGUCCACCGCAUCAAGAACAUGUUCAUGCAGAUGCAGUCGCCUGGUGAUGAGGAGGACGGGGCCAAAAUGAUUGGUAAGGAGCAGGGAGUCAAACUGUCCCUGCCAAGGGCCUCCAGCCUCAAUGAGAAUGUGGACCACAGCGCUCUGCUGAAGCACGGGGCCAUGGUGUCAGAGAGGGUGAACCGCUUCGACUCCAGGGCCGACGGGGAGGGCAGGGGCUCCUCCGCUGGCCUGUCCAAGCUGCAGGAGACCCGGAGGAUCUUUGAGCAGCAGACUCUACAGGAGAAGCAAGCGGCUACAAACCGCAUCCUGCUGAAGAAGGAGCGGGCGUCAGGGUUCCAGGGCAGCCGUCUAGAUGUGGUCGCUCGCUUUAACGGCUCCACCGAGGCUCUGGACCGACUGGAUGAGCCCCCAGCCCCCGCCCCUGCCCCGGCCCCCGCCGUGGCUCCCGCCCCCACCCUGGCCCCCGCUCAGGUUCCUGCUGCGGUCCCUGCCGCCGCCACGCUAGUGUCAGGCCCCGCUGAGGCCGUAAGCCCCACCGUGCUCCAGCUCAGCGCUGCGUUCGAAAAGGGGGACCUGAGAAACAACCUCUACCUCCCACAACGCCGCUCAGCCCCGGCCCUUGCACCAAAGCCCAAGCCACCGCCCAGAGCGGAGGCAGCCGAGAGGAAGGCCAAAGUGUCCCCCACUGGUAAGGAGGAGCACAAGGACGUCACGGCAGAAGAUGCAGAGCCACCACAGGAGACUGAUCCUUCACAAAGCAGCAGCGCUGGACAGUCAGACAAGCUCUCACACUCAUCAUCCUCAGUGGCCGUCACCGCCUCCCCCUCUGAGGAGGCCAAGGCCGAUUCAGAAACCCCACCACCCACAACGGAAGCCAGGGGCUCGAGCACCGUGUCUGACCCUCAGCAGGAGCUGCUGGACGACGAGCAGGACGGGGCCAGGCUGGUGCAAGCCGAGGUUCACGCCGCCUUGGAAAACGGAGAAAAGGAGCCUCCGUCGUCCUCCCCCUCCACGGAGGAGAAGAGCGAGGACCAGAAGAGGAGGGACAGAGAGGAGGAGGAGGAGAACGACGAGGACGCCUCGAGGAAGGAGGAUUACUCAGAGGGAGACGUGGUGGAUAUCAGCGCCUACAGCGGCGCCGGGGAGGACGACUCCGGAGGGAGCCAGCUGGACGACGAGGAGGAAGAGGAGGAUGAGGAGGCGUAUCAGCCCGAGACCAGUUGCUCGGAGAUCACGGGCCUUCCUGAGGAAGACGAGCCCGCGCCGCCCAAUAGGAAGAUUCAGUUCAGCACGGAUCCGAUCAAGGUCUUUACCACCUACUCCAACGAAGACUACGAUCGUCGCAAUGAUGAUGUGGACCCCAUGGCGGCCUCGGCGGAGUAUGAGCUGGAGAAGAGAGUUGAGAAGCUGGACCUGUUUCCUGUUGAGCUGGAGAAAGACAGUGAUGGUCUGGGCAUCAGCAUCAUUGGGAUGGGUGCAGGAGCCGAUAUGGGUUUGGAGAAGCUGGGAAUCUUCGUAAAGACAGUCACUGAGGGUGGAGCUGCCCAGAGAGAUGGCAGGAUCCAGGUGAAUGAUCUAAUAGUGGAGGUUGAUGGGACCAGUCUGGUCGGUGUCACUCAAAGCUUUGCUGCCUCUGUCCUCCGCAACACCACUGGCACCGUCAGGUUUGUGAUUGGCCGGGAGAAACCGGGGGAGCAGAGUGAGGUGGCUCAGCUGAUCCAGCAAACUCUGGAGCAGGAAAGAUGGCAGCGAGAGAUGAUGGAGCAGAGAUACAAACAGUACAUGGAUGAUGAUGAAGAGACUGGUGAAUAUGCAACAGAUGAGGAGGAGGAGAUGAGUCCAGUGUUUCCGAACUCUAUCGAGGUUUUUGACCUGGCAGAGAACCAGGACAUGUUGUCUCCUGUGGAGCUGGACCCAGAGAAGCUGGCCCACAAAUUCAAGGAGCUCCAGAUUAAACAUGCGGUAACCCAGGCAGAGAUCCAGCUGCUAAAGAGAAAGCUGGCUCAUGCUGAGCAGGACAAGUUGCGUUGGCGGAUGGAACGCUCUCAGUUAGAGCAAAACAUCCGGGACAGUAAAGAGAGGAUGGAGAAACUGGAGGGCUACUGGAUGGAGGCACAGUCCUUGUGUAAGGCGGUGGAUGAACACCUCAAGGAAACCCAGGCUCAGUAUCAAACUCUAGAGAGGAAAUACAGCAAAGCCAAGAGACUGAUUAAAGAGUACCAGCAGAAGGAAAUCGAGUACCUGAAGAAGGAGACAGCUCAGCGUCGAGUACAAGAAGAAACCGAGGCGACGCAUAAAGAGGAAACGGACAACCUCCAGGACAAAAUUACAGACUUGGAGACCAAAGUGGACGCUCUUAAAGCCGCUAACCCCUCCUAGACUGCUGCUACUACCUACCUCCUGUCUGUGACUGGAAGAGGAGGAGCUCUGCCUUCAUUUUGGUCAGGCUGUAUUUUAUUUCAAUCAACCACUGACUGCACAGACAGGUAGCUGGAACAUUGUAAAGGAGAGGAAGAGGAGCGCAAUGUAGAAAGAGGAAAGAAGCAAUCCCUCACCUGACAUCUUCCAGCAGCUCAGAGCUUCAUCAGUCAGUAACUGUUCCCAGAAUGCACCUCUUAUGAAACCCAAAAUCCUUGUGUGUCUUCCUGGCAAACAGCUUGACAUUUAACUUGGAAACCACAUACAACAACAUGUACUUUAUGAAUGGAUGGUCUGUUUUGGUUUACCCUCCUUUACAGUAUCUUAUCGAGAUUUCUUUUAAAAAGGCGCUUUUAAUAAACAGGCUCGCCACAAAGUGCUUUAUUAGAGUGACAGAGGGCGAAAAUGCUUAAGAAACUAGAAUUAAACCAGACAGAACACCUGUCAUAUGAUUGUUGCUGUACUGCCUUUGCUAAUCCAUCACUUUGGAUUCUUUGGGACUGAGCUGGAUUCUUUUGAAGAGGACAGUGUGUUUUUUUGAGCAUUUGAAUCAAAACAUUUCAAGUAGAAGUCAACUCAUUUUAAGAUUCAUCACAAUUUUGCGCCAUAGUGACAAAAGCCAAUUUUGAAAAAGGAAAUAGCCACCAAAGGAAAAAAAGAAUGAAAGAAGACGAGUGACCGAUGUGACUGAUGAUUAUAAGAGUGCUUCUGCCCCUGCCUUUGGUUUCUUUUCUCAGACUAGCUCUCUGCAAGUGGUAGAAGAAAUCAGGCAGAAGUGUGCAUUUCAGGUCAGAACCAUGGUGGCAUACUGUUUGUAUAUAUUCUAUACAUGUAUUUAAAUGUUUAAAUGGCUUAAGCAAUUUAAUGGGUCUGCUGGCCGAGUGUGAGGCUGUGCAGCCAGUGAAAGACAAUGUGUUGCUGUGGAAGGUGGAGUGGUUCAGUGUCCAGAUUCCGAUGAAAUCUUUUUCUUUUCGUAUGAUCAAUGGCAAACAGGGUGUGAAAAAGUUUAAAAUUUGUUUAAAUAGCUUCUAAUGGUUUAUAUUUGUGGGUGUUUACUGCAGUAUGUGUGGGUUUACAUGUACACAAGCAUGAUCAGCUUCAUUAGGGGAAACAUUUUUAGAAGCAGAGCUGCUCUAGAAAGAAAAAUUGGAUUUAUUGAAUUAAACAUACACUUAACAGAAACUCUCAGCUAAUGAUCUCAGAUCUUUUUUUGCCACACACUUUUGUGUUCUUUAUAAGCUAAAAUUAAUAGGUAACAUUGUCCUGCAGAAACAAAGAGCAGCCAGAAUAUUUAAAUUUGUAUAAGUCAGAAUACAUAUUUUGUGCAAUUUUUCCCCAACUCAGUAUUUACUAUACAGUAUCUAUUAAUUCUUUCUUUCAGCCUCAGCUGACAAUUCAUGGUGGUUUCUGUCCUUUUUGUCAGGACAUAAAUGAUUUACACUGUAUUUAUAUUUUGAAACCUCAAAUUAUAUAUUUAAAUUGACAAAAGGCUGAGUAACAGGAUCGUGCUUCUGACAAAUGUUUUUCUAACUUAAGCUGAACUAGCAGCAGUGUUAUUAAGUGUGCAUGUAAACACAUAUUAGUUUAGUAGGUUAGGUUAGGGUGGUUGCAGUGCCAGUGUUAGGACUGAAGUCAUUGUAGUCGACGUUAUGCUUGAAACGAAAUAGGUUAUGUAAAAAAUGCUUUGGUCUGUAAGGAUCAUUUUCAGGAACCCAUGAACCAACGUGUCCAGACGGUUUAUCCACAUUCUUUUCUAAAACAAUUAAAAUUUUUUAUUAUUAGAUCAUUUCCAAACGCUCAGCAGAAAGACAUUCGCCGGUGCGUCUAGCCUGUGUAGUCACUUAACAUAUUCCCCAGUUGGCUCAAUAAGAGGUGUCUCAGUGUGACAGCGGACAUGUUGAUGGAGCCUCAUUGAUUCCCUGCAUGUUUCCUGAAUCACUUCCACCUGAUUUCAGUCUGUGCAUUUAUAUAGCUACAUAUUAUUAUUCUGCUAUCAAUAAUAGUUUAGUCAGUGAGUGACAAUGGCUGUGUUUCUGACGUUCCAAAUACAAGGUUCAUAUAUAUAUAUUUUUUUUUAAAGAAAAUGGUGCUCGACUUGACAAUUUUUUAAUAUGGCCAAUGUAUUUUGCUGCUCUAGCGCUGUUAUUCACUAUGAGGUCAUACUUGUUAAUCAAAACAGCACAGCUUGCUGGCGAGCUCUAAUUAGUUCGAACAUACUGAAUUAACAUAAACAUUUGACUAAUUAAAUUCUAAUCAACUGCAGAUGUCCACUAUCGUAUAGAAGCUAAAAACAGUAAAAAGGAUCAGUUUAUCUCAUUUGUCUUUAGGCGUCAGGAAUAGAUCGCAGACUGUUACAGAAAACCCAGCUGUGUUAUGUGUGUUGUGUUUAUAAACUAUGAGCUCGGAAAUGUUGUCAUGGUCCUGAAAAUGUGGGAUCUGCGUGCAUUUUAUUUAGUGUUACCACUGGCGGGUAAAAUGUUGAUUCUCCUGGUUUGAUGAUGUCAGCAUGACACGACAACCAUUAGCACGUUGAGCAUAAUUGCAUGCUAAAGCUCUGCUGUGCUUUGCUUCAUUCCAGAGGCGCGUGCAUGGCUGUAGACUUUAGACUUUAUUUUGUAAAAGCUGAAGUACUUAGACUGCAAGCGUUGUGAUCGGACACCUGCUGCAGCGGUUGAAGCUGGAGAAUCUAACUCUGUGAACGACGACACAUUGGUUUGUUUGUUGCUCCAAUUAAAAACUAACUAACUUAAAACGGAUUUUAACCAGAUCUUAUGUUUUUUGUUCAGCAUCUCUGUUCUUGUGUUUGAACUGGAAGGGGAUGAUUUAAGGUCAGUGGAAGGUUAAAUCAGAGCAGUAUUGACAGGGGAUGGUUGUUUACAUUACCUGUGGUGUUGGGAUCACGAAAAGAAUGCAAAUCAGCCAUAGGCUUGAGUAUUUUCUUUUUCUAUUAAUAUUUUGUAUUUCAGUUUCAUCUCUAUGUCAUAUCAAUACAAGCUGUACAACUGCUAUGUUUUCACCAAAUGGAGCCCUGGUCACUUUGGGUUUAAAAUCCAAACAAGUGAUCACUUUGCCUUGUUAUGACUUUUUCUUGGUUGACAUGCUGCUUUUGCCUUUACAAAGCCUAGAUGUGUGCUAGCUGUAGCUAAGUGUCUGCCCAUCGCUUAUUAGGGUUAGCUGCGUUUAAAGAGUGCUUACCACUUAUUACAGACUGACAGAUCAGAGCUGUCACACAUUUACCUGUUGCUACAGAUUGUAGACGGACUGAUGCCUUGACCCAUGUUUUGUCAUUAAUUGUCAUAGUUCUGUUCAGCUCCUCGCUAUGCUUUGCAUUCUGGGAGCUGUCCCCCACAACCAUCAUCCUACUGGUGACCUGUCAGCAGCUCAGCUGCAGCAGGUGAUAGGGUUUAGUGCCUACUUUACAUUGAUGAUCCCCUUUGGCCAUCAUCUGGUUCUUCUUGCUUACGAGUCUAGUGUCCUUUGACCCUGUUUAUGUGAUUGCCAUUCGUGAUGCUCAGGGUGGAAAACUAAUUGGACAACUGGCAUAUUCUGUCCUGUAACUAUUGGUUACCAGUUUAAAUACAUGAAUAUUUAAGUAUGUGCAAAAUACCCAGACGGAGCCAGUAGAGUUAUUGUCCCUACUGCUGUAGAGAUGGAUCCCUGUUUCAUAUUGUAGAUGGACUAUUGUUUUGUGCUCACAAUGUGUUACAAUCAAGGAUCUGGAAAGUCUGGGAGGAAAAAAUAAAACAAAUCACACCAGGAAAAUGUUGGUUUUCAUUUUGCAUUGUUAAUACAUUGUUAAGUCACAAUUGCUUUUCAUGACAUUUGAGAGCAGCUUCAAUUGUUUUUUUUUUAUGAACCCUUGGUCUUACUUCUUCAAACACACUGAUCAAUUAGAAUCAGGUGUGGUGUGAAGAAUAACCAAGGAUGGAGCGGUACCAAAUAGUGGGAGCAGGACAGUCUGAGGUGGAAGAACUGACCUGUGAGUGUGUCUCAGGUCUUUAACAGACUUUCCUUCUCUGCCUGCUUCUGUUCUUGAGUUGACCUCAUCAUGUUUGUUUGAACCAGCACCUGUCUGUCAGCAUUAAACAAUAAACAAAACACAAUGAACGACA